AUGGAAGAUGAACUGGAAUUAGAUGAGCGCAUCACUGCGCAACAGCCUUUGUUGAAGGUAGAUGAGCGAGACUAUGGCAUAAGAAAACGUUCAAAUAAGCCGUGGUAUCGACGUCGCCUGGCAGCCAUAUUGAGUUCCGUUCUGCUGCUGUGUGGCCUCUCAUACUUGAUCGUUUCCAGCCAGGUCUCACGCAUCGCCGCAAAGGCCAUAAACGACUCCGUCAUGCACAUUGAGAGGAUGGAUCUAAGUCGACCACAAUUGGAUUCUAUAACGCUUAAUCUCAGUUUGAGCCUUAAAGCAGCGUCUUCAUUUCCGGCGACAGUAGAGCCUACCAUGUUCACCAUAAACUACGACGGCCUCCAUGUUGGCACAUUUCGAGCUCCCUCAAUGACCAUAACCUACGGCAUUAACCAUCAAAAAUUUUCUAACUCGACCCUUUCCAUUCAAGACAAAAAGGCGUGGGAUCGAUUUGCAGGGGAAAUGCUGAGACGCAACAGUGUAAAAUAUGAAAUCUCCAGCUUAUUAAAUAUCCACGUUCGAUUGCUCGGAGGUCUGGUCACGCUAAGUGCAUUAAAAGUUCCGCUUAAUAAAUCGAUGACAUUUAAAGGAAUGGGCGGCCUACAAGAUUUGCAGAUUGUAGGUGUGGAGAUGCAGCACUCGACUCCAAAACAAGUCUUUGCGACCAUUAAGACAUGCGUACGCAACCCGUCGGUCACGACUAUCAGACCGAUAGGAGCGUUAUGUCUUCAGGCUUACUAUCCAAAACUAGGACCUGAGACACUUGUAGCGCACUUAACGACGCCAGCAGAUACGGGAUUACCAGUUGCAGACGGUCAAGCAUCACAUCCAUACUGUGCAUCGCUGCAGAGAAUAAUGGAUAUGAAAGUGGGGUAUAAUUUGAUGGAACUACACGGUGAAAUGCUGGGCAACAAUUCAAACGCUAUAAGCGAAUUGAUAUCCAAGUAUUUAAGCAACGUGUCCGCUGAGCUGACAGUAGUGACGUGUAAAUUUCAAGCGACUUCGGUGGAAUUGUUCAACGAAGCGAUGAAGAAUCUUACGAUUAAAAGCUUAUUGCCACCACAAAAAGAGCCGCUGAUUGAAAAACUAUAUUUUCGCGGUAUCGAAUUGCAUGCCCCCGAAGAAGGCAAAGAGAACGAUAUUGUGCAGCUUAACACAGACGUCUUGGUAGAGGCUUCGAGUCCUUUAGGACCCAACUCGCCAUUGAAUAUCACGAAUGUGCAUAUGAAUGUCAGUCUUAAAGAUGCGGAUGUGGCACUAGGAAUACUGACAACUGUGUCCGUCGACAUCAUCAAUGGAAAAUUGGUGGGUCGAAGCAAUAUUUCUGUCGAUUGUCUAACGGAGCUCGACUUAGCGGAUAAGGGAGAUGCGUUUGGCAAAUUCGUUCGCGCAUCUAUCGUUAAGGACACAAUAGUACUAACUCUUGCUGGCGAGAUAGAUGUGGUAUGCAGUGGCGCUCUAGGAACGCUUAAACUUUCUCGGUUGCCUCUUCGCACCACUGCUUUGCUGAAUGGGAUGAACAACUUCCAAGACAUGACGGUUAAGAGGUUUACGUUACCAGGAACUGGCAGUGCGUCCGAACAUGAAGAGCCAUUAGAAACACAAAUUGAAAUUCGCAACCCGUCUGCAUUUAAAGUAGCCAUUGGAAAUCUUAUGAUGGAUUUAAGUCUGAGGUCGCCUCGAGAGAAAUUCGGAGUGCUUCAUGGUAAAAUGAACUUGAUCCCAGGUAAAAAUCAUUUAAAAAUGUAUGGCCAUCUGAAGCCAGCUAAAAAUGCAGCUGGACUAGUGAGUGCUGCGGUGGCAGAACUUUUCUCUCGUUAUUUGCAAGGUCGAAGCUCUCAAGUUGCUGUUACAAUCACGGGUAUUCAAUAUGCCGGCUGUGUGUGGAUGGAAAAGGCAAUAUUAGGAUUGACAGUCGGGGCAAGCUUUCCUGGAGUCGAAAAUAGUUUCAAUAUGAUAAGAAAUAUAAACAUGACACAACUUGAUGUUAUUUUGGACGAGGCUCCGCCUAGUGAGAGGAACAUGUUGACCAAUACGCGUAUGCAGGUUCGCACUGAUAUGAGUGCGAAGGUGAAGAUGCCAACUUCGAUCAAUAUGCCAUUAAAAAUUUUAAAUUUGUCAAUUACGCUUAGUCUGGAAAACGAGCAUGGCGAUCAUCUUGGGUCAUUAGUAUCUGAUAGAGAAGCAUGUGAAUUCAAUCAGACGAAUGAUGGAGCUUUUCGUUUAAAUAUGACCCACUUCUAUUCAAUUGGAUUUGACAAUUACCAAGAGGUUAACGAGAUGACUGUUUUCAUUGGGAAUUUGCUCACCCAGAAUACGAGCAUCAUGAUGAAAUUGGCUAGUGAUAUUGCUGCCAAUGAAGGAGCUUUUCCAGAUGUUGAGACGAGAAUGGGGGUGCUAGCCCUCAGCAAAGUUCCAGUACGAGGUGAACCUCUUAUCCCCGGUAUGGACUCUUUUCGUCGACCACCGGUCCAGAUUCUUGGUGUCGACAUUCAGCGAGGAUCAUUAUCAUCACUAGUGAUGACAAUGAACAUUUCGUUGCAAAACCCUUCGGUCGUGCAGACAAAGCUGGGUUCGCUUGUACUGGACGUUUUUUCCGCUGGAGCAUGGAUGGGUUCUGCCAAGAUUUUAGACUUCAGUCUUCAGUGCUGCGGCCAACGUACUGUUCUCAGUGGAGAGUUUGUAUUUAAUCCUCAGACAAAAGAUCUUGCUGCCGCAAAAAAAUUUCUUUCGAAUUUCGUGUGUGGCUACUUUACUCAUGGUGGUGGUCAGGAGAUUGCAAUUAAAGGUUCCGUAAAUAGUACCUCGCUAGACCUUCUUCAGCCUGCAAUGAAGAUUUUGGCAAUCCCUACUGUCUUGCCUACUUUAGGUGAUCUGUUCCCAGCGACACCGACACUUGUGACCUCUUCGCUAUUUUACAUUCCGUCUCUUUUUCAUUUAACGCGAAUACCGGCCUCGCUCGAGCUGAGGAAUCCGUUUAGUGCAAGUAUCACAAUAACCGAUGUGGACUUGGAGAUCUUCCCAUGUAAGGAUCAAGUUUCAGAUAGUGGCGUACUAAUGUGCAAAACGUACUUCGCCAACUCUCUCGCGCGUUUCGCUCCUGCAUCGCUCAAUCCGAUAUUUAUUCCUGCAAAAACCAACAGCUGCUUCUCGUGUUGCCAGGGCUUUCAAUGCAGCGAACGUGUUCAUUUGUGUCCACGUGCGUCAGCUGGUCAAUGCUUAAGCGCCGAAAUUCAAAGCUUUUUAAACCCAGAAACCAUCGCGGUCAUCAUUCAUUCGCUGACAGGUGGACUGCUUAUGCGUGUCAAUGGCACCAUAAGUGCAAUGAUCGGGGACUACGCUAUGCGCUUGUUCUACCAGCAAGAUGGACUCUUGGUCAAGAUGGCCAAGCUGGACAUGGAGCUAUGA